AUGGCCUAUAACAACAUCACCGGUGGCAUACCACCACAGUUUGGAAAUUUAACUCAACUACAAAGGUUGGAUCUUUCUUUUAAUCACUUGACUGGUGAGAUCCCAAAGGAGUUUGGGAAGAUGAAUAGUAUUUUGAAAUUAUCCUUGACUGAUAACCACUUUUCAGGCAUUAUACGUCUAGAGAUCGGAUCUUGUGAACUCCUUGAAGUACUCGAUCUAUCCACAAAUAGAUUGAAUGGGUCAAUACCAAAAAGUAUUAGUCAAUGUGAGCAUAUCCACUACUUGAAUCUUAGUAAUAACAUGCUAAGUGAGAAAAUUCCAUCGGAGAUUGGUAAUGUAGUUCAACUUACGGAACUUGAUUUAUCUCAUAAUUUACUCACAAAAGAGAUACUAUCUGAAUCUCAAAGUUUGAAAAAUCCACAAAAAUUGAAUCUUUCUCACAAUAGACUAUAUGGUUCUAUUCCUAAUACUUUUACAAUUUUGCCAUGUGGGAUUGAUAUCAACCUGUCUUUCAAUGAGCUCUUAGGUCCGGUUCCCCCGUGCGCCAACUUUAUUAAUGCAUCCAUACAAGGUAAUCCAGGUUUGUGUGGAAAUGCUACGGGAGUGAAACUUUGUGCAAGUCAAAUUAUCAAGAAGAAAAACUACUUGUUUCAUCAUAAGCUCUUCCUUGUAAUUAUGCUCCCUCCUAUUGGGGCAGUUUUAUUUGGUUUUUUCAUGUGUGGCCUCAUUGCUUAUCGAAAACAAAAGAAAAGCUCUCCACAUAAACCAUUAGAAGAAGAAAGUGGUGAUUAUUUCUCCAUUACAAGUUUUGAUGGAAAAGUAGUGUAUGAUGAUAUCUUGAAGGCAACAAAUGAUUUCGAUGAAGCAUAUUGUAUUGGGACCAGAGAUCUUGCUUAUACGAUAGUGGCAACCGAGAAAUGUGAUGUCUAUAGCUUUGGGAUUGUCGCACUAGAAAUGAUCAUGGGAAAGCUUCACGGAGAACUACCAACAUUGUCUGCUGAUUAUCUGGUAUUAGAAAAUGUUGGAUAUAGUCGGAUUCCACUUCCUUCGCCACAAGUUGAGAAACAAGUAAAUUUAGUACUCAAUCUCUCAAGAGCAUGUUUGAACUCGAAUCCACAAGAAAGGCCAACUAUGCGCCAAGUCUCAAAUCUGUUGAUGAAGGCUUGAUAUUACUGUACUUUCAAUGUUAUUUGCUCUUAUUAUGUUCCUUAUACUCAUCCUGAUAAUGUCUUUAUGUAAAUGCCUUUUGUUACGUAACUUUUAAUAUGUUUUCAUAAAUCAUUAUGUAAAUCUUCACUUGUGGAAAAUCAAGUACUAGUCAAGGACAAAUCUAUUGAUUAAUACCCUUUAUGACGGAUUAGGUAAAUAAAAUUUG